AUGCCUUCUCUCUUCUCAACCCUCAGUGUCCUAGCCCUCGCAGCUACCCACGUCUCAUCCCACGUCAUCAUGGUAGAACCCCACCCCUUCAACCUCGACACAGAACCCCUCUACCAAACCUGGCCCCUCAGCGAAGAUCUCCCCUUCCCCUGCCAAGGCCGCACCCAGCACCCGGAGCAGGUCACAAAGGUGACGGCCGGCAAGACCCAGCUCGUCAAGUUCUGGGGCAGCGCCGUGCACGGCGGCGGGUCGUGCCAGUUCAGCGUCGCCUAUGGAAAGGAACCCCCCAAGGAUCCCAAGAAGUGGCAUACUAUCUACAGCAUCAUCGGCGGGUGUCCCGCUGAGGCUGAGGGUAAUAUUGCGAGCACUGGUACGGAUCUGCAUGGGAGGGAGAAUGGUAAGGAGUGUGGGAACGAUACGGGCAAGGAGUGUACUAAGCAGUUCAACAUUCCUAUCCCUAAAGAUAUGCAGAAUGGACCCGCGACGUUUGCUUGGACUUGGUUCAACAAGAUUGGUAACCGCGAGAUGUACAUGGUCUGCUCUCCCAUUGAGGUCGUAGGCGGUAAGGAUGAUAGUGGCUACGUUGAUACGCUGCCUGCUAUUUUCCGCGCCAACAUUCCUGGGGAGUGUACUACCGGUGCCAGUGGAAGUGUCAUCAACUUUCCUGAGCCCGGUGAUUUCGGUAAGAUUUACGAGCAGGGUACGCCUGGAAGUGAGGGUACUUGUGCCAAGGGUGUUGAGCCCAACUUUAAGGAUGAUGCUGCUGCUCCUGAGCCGGAGAAGCCCGCUGAGUCUGCUCCCGCUCAACCUAGUGCUCCCGCUCCUGCGCCCGAACAGCCUUCUGCUCCUGUUGAGGGUGCUCCAGCUUCCCCUUCGACUCCUGUUCAGCCUAGUGUCCCUGCACCCGCUCCCGAACAACCCUCCGCUCCUGUACCUGCACCUAAACAGCCCUCUGCCCCCGUCCAACCUUCAGCCCCUGCUUCUCCCUCAAGCAUGGUCACCAUGCCCAGCACCCCCGCUCAGCCCACCGAUGCUCCCGCCCCCAUCGACUCAGCCAAGCCCGAAGCUGGCGCUCCCGCUUGGUCUGGUGAGUUCCAGGCCUGUCCCUCUGAUGUCAAGUCCGGCAUGAUGCACUGUUUCUCCGAGACUACUUGGGGUAUCUGCAACGGAGGCUGGGCUUUUGUCUCCAAGGUUGCUGAGGGUACCAAGUGCAUUGACGGCGCUAUCGCUGCUAAGUAA